AUGCCAACAGCGGUGACAGCAGCUUGCAUGGAUGCUAAUGAAGCUAAAGCUAGCUGGGGGGGUUUGCAGCACACAACAGAUCUGCGUGUCCACAGUUGAUCCACGCCUCGUGCAUCCAGACUGCACAAAUGGAGAGCUGACGUGUCUCCUGUACAGGUUGAAUGAUGUGUUGAUAUGCUGCGUCGUUAGCCGAGCGUGUCUUGUAGCUCAAACUGCUAAUCUCUAACGUUAGCGGUUCUCGUUGUUGUCGUCGCCUUAGGUAACAGUAAGCGGUCAGUUGUGAUGGCAGGGGGCGGGGCAGCUGGCGUUGACCUCAGCAGGAAGUUUGUGUCGGAAUCUGAGCUUGACGAGAAGAGGAAGAAGAGACAGGAGGAAUGGGAGAAAGUCAGGAAACCUGAAGACCCAGAGGAGGCCCCAGAGGAAGAGUAUGACCCACGAUCGCUCUUUGAGCGGCUGCAGGAGCAGAAAGACAAGAAACAAGAGGAUUAUGAGGAGCAGUUCAAAUUCAGGAACAUGGUGAGAGGAUUGGACGAGGAUGAGUCCAGCUUCCUGGACGAGGUCUCCCGGCAACAGUGCCUAGUGGAGAAGCAACGCAGGGACGAGGAGAAGCAGGAACUGUUGGAAUACAGAAGCGCUCUAGUGAAGAAGGCGUCCACUGAAGGCCGCAAAGAGCCUGAAAAGAAGGCCGGACAGAAAAAUCCAGGGUCGGAGCAAAGAACCAGCCACCUGUCUCAGGCCCAUUUAUUGGCUGGAGCUGUUAAAAGACGCAGUUCGUCCCAGUCGUCAGACAGCAGUAAGAAACAGAAAGUGGAAAUCACAACAGCAGCAACAGAAACGGCAGGAAACGGAGAGAGACACACAGAACAGGAGGAUGGAGCUGGAGGGGAAGCAGGGGGAGCUGAAGAUCAACAAAAAGUCCCCGGUCUGACAGCGAAGACCCCCUCGGCUCCCCUGAGCUCCGGUCAAGGCGUGGUGCAUCUACCGUCGGCGGCCGUGUGCGUCGGCGUUUUACCGGGACUCUGGGUUUAUUCCGGCAGCAGCGACUCUGACAGCAGCUCGGACAGCGAAGGUAGCGUGGACGCAAUCAUGUUGCCGUACCCCCGGCACAGCAGGGCCUACAGAUAGACACACACCAGCACACACACACACACACAAAACCUGAAGCCUUUAGAAAGGGCUGUAAACGUCAGAAAAGAUAACAGCACACACAUAGAUGGAUUAAAGGUCUCACACACACACACACACGACAGCCUACAGAAGCCUGCAGGCCAUACAAGUUCGUAUCAUGUUACAGUUACACACUGGCAGCACACACACCUUGCAAACAUUUUUAGCAUUCCUGUUGUUUUCACAGCUGUGAGUUGAACUGUUGCUCUUUGUCAUCAGACAAAGUUCAGUCCAGUAAUGUAAUCCUAAUCACAAGUAAAACCAAUUUAAACUCUAUUCUCAACUUAAAUCUGUGUAUCUAUUUGUGUUUUUUGCUAUUGUGGCACUCAAACAUGACGCCUCCACCCUUCCUUCCCUCAAUCACAUCU